AUCUGGGAUAAGUUCUCCUGCUACCAGCCCCCGACACCCUCUGGACCUCUAGACCUCUGGACCUUUACAACUCGACAGCAAGAAACGAAGAGUGCGAGAGAGUCGGAAGCAGCACAGAAACCAAAGAUGGUCGGCGGCGGCGACAACGCGGCCACCUCGCCGCUCAUGUCCCUCUGCGCGGGCGGCAUCGCCGGCGGCGUGGAGGCGGCGUGCACGUACCCGUUCGAGUUCGCCAAGACGCGCGUGCAGCUGUACGGGCACGACAAGCGGGCCGGCCAUACCACGCGGAACCCGUUCGCCAUCGUGGCGACGGUCGCGCGCGAGGAGGGCGCCCGGGCGCUGUACAAGGGCUGCUCGACCAUGAUUGUGGGGUCCGUCGGCAAGGACGCCGUGCGGUUCCUCGCGUUCGACAGCAUCCGCGCCGUGUUUGAGGACCCCGAAACGAAGACCCUGGGGCCCGGCAGGAGUAUCCUGUCCGGCAUGGUGGCCGGGGUCGUGGCGAGUACCCUGGUGGUCACGCCGAGCGAGCGGAUCAAGACGGUGCUGAUUGACGAUGCCAAGACGAGUAGGCGGUUCAAGGGCGCCGUGGACUGCAUCGUCACCCUGACGAAAGAGCAAGGCUUGCUCGGCGCGCUGUGGAGGGGCUAUACGACGACGACACUCAAGCAGGUGGGCACAACAGGGUUCCGGCUGGGCAGUUACUCGACGAUCAAGGACUGGGAGAGGAAGAAGGGGAUCAACGUUGACACCCCUGUCGUGAGCUUUGCCAACGGUGCGGUCGCGGGCACGGUGACGACACUCGCCACGCAGCCGUUUGACACGAUCAAGACGAUGGCGCAGCAGGCUAAGCAGGUCAGCACGAUGGAGGUGCUUCGAGAAAUGCUCGCGCAGGAAGGCGUCAAGGGCUUGUGGAGGGGCACGGUGAUGAGGCUCGGAAGGACGGUUCUGGCCGGCGGCAUUUUGUUCACGGCGAACGAGCAGGCGCUCAAGAUGUUGAAGCUGCUCACAGGGAAGUAAGGGUACAGAUAUAAUAGCGCAAAGACUAGAGUAGACUUAGACAAAUAGAUCAGACAGUCUCGUAGCAUCAUAC